AUGGAGUUGCGACUAGGUGACUAUAAGUGGAAGAAGAAUGAUUUGACGUAUGUAAUCGAAUCUUAUCCAAGUCAACUUUUGCCACAUGAAGUUAGACAAGUAAUUCGAAAAGCAUUUGACGUGUGGUCAGACGUGACAGCAUUAAAAUUGACAGAAGUUUCACGUAGUAGUGACAUCACUAUUUCGUUUCUACGAGGAAGACACAAUGACCCUUGGCCUUUUGAUGGGGCAGGUGGUGUUUUGGCUCACGCGACAUUGCCACCUUCAGGGUUGAUUCACUUUGAUUUUGAUGAAAAUUGGUUUUAUAAAAGACCUCAUGAAUUUUCCAGGUAAAC